AUGAAGCGACGGGCUCUCUUCUCGUCCGACAGCGACGCCUCUGACGACGAUCUCUUUGCACGUCGAGGCGGUGGAAGCCGUGGCAGCGCCCCCGCCCCGCAUGCCGCGUUGGACGACCCCCUCCUCACGCAGGCAGCAACGUCUGACGCAGCACCCACAGGCUCGGUAUCGGCAAAGCAGCGGCCACCACCGCCGCCGCCGCCGCGCUCCGCAACGAACACGAGUAAUGACCUCCUCCCUCAAUCGAGCAAGGUCGCGUCGACACGGCGCAACUUGUCACAGUUGUUCGACGACGGCCCUCCUUUUGUCUCCCAGCAGCCCUCCUCUUCGCCUGCUCCUCUUGUUGUCCCGUCCACUGCUCCCGCUGUUGCGGCGGAGGCCGGGGUGCCGCACACCUCAGUGGACGCCGCAUCCCACUCCACCUUCGGCCCUUCUUUGUCGCCAGCCAACAACGCGGCAGACGCCUUCUUCCCGCCGCGCUUCACUUACGAAGGUCCCGGCAGCACCGAUGCCAGCCACAACGCACUCCUCCACGACCACCGUCAUCAGGAUGGGUCGAUUGCAGCAAACAGCGGCGGUGCAGCAGGGUUAACGACGGCUUUGCAUGCGGUGGUGCAGGUCUACCGGGACGCGCUGUACUGUGGCACCUGUAUGCUGGCGCUGUGCGUGCCGCCGUCAUCGGUUCCUUCGAGGAGCAGUAGCAGCAGCGCAAAUACAACAGCCGCGUCGUUGUCCAGUGCGCCGCAACAGUUGCCACCUUCAGCAGCGGCACGGGAGCGGCUUCGGCAACGCGACAGCGGACCCCUGCGGCGUGCUUCUCCGCCAUCUGCCUCGCCUGCGCCGAUCCUCUUGCUGAUGAGUUCGAACCGGCAAGUUUUGUGCAGGAUUUCGCUGGAGAGGCCGGAAAGUGUGUUUGAACGCGGCUCGCUCCAGCUGCAACAAGAUCGCGAGCAGCCGCAGUACCUCAGUUUUUUCUGCGACUUGCCCAACGCAUCCGGUGCGGCGUGCUGGUGGACCUGCAUGUUCCCUGAUCGUGGGAAAGCGCUGGAGUUUCUCGUGGCUACCUACACGGUGGCUCAAUACGCCGCCGCUUUGGCGAAGCAAGCCGGCACGUUCGCUGCUGCGGUGCCUGCGGUUCGUGUGCUACCCCGCUCCUCCUCGUUCUCUUCAUCAACGUCAACGUCGUCUUGCACAAACGCCGACCCGAAUGGCGGUGGUGACAGCGGCGCAUCCAUUGUGCAGAUCAACAAGCCUGCCACCAUUUACUGGAGCACGUGGGCGCUGCGCCGCGUAAGCCGCACGACGUCGUACUGCCUGCCAGCAGAGUGCGUGGACGGCGUCGCACCGCCGCCGUCGUCGCCGCGCAACGUUACACCGGGCUCCGGCACGCUGCGGGAGGGACUCGAAGCAGCGAUGGUCGGGAUGCGCAGCGGCGAGUCCCGAAUCGUAUUCCUGACCGCCGAGGAGACGCGGGUGCGACACCCCGAGCUGUCCUCCCCGUCUUCCAUGCAGUUUCCUGACUUGUCUACGUCAUCAUCGCCCGGUGCUCGCUGGCGCGGGCACCACGGCAGCGACAAGCACACACUGGUCACCGAAGUUGGAGCGCUGAGCUGGCUUGCUGUGGCGUACGUGACGUGCGUCAACGCUGUGUCGACGACGACGGCACCGGCACCGGCACCGGCGGCGGGGCCACCCACACGUGUGCGAGCAGAACCAAGACACGCACCGCAACAGCCGGAGCCAAACUCGCAGCCCGGGUUUCCGACAGCGAGUGUAGACCCGACCGCCGCCACGAGUGAGAUGCUUCAGCAACUCCUCCUGCGCGCUCUCCAACCAGCGCAGCCCACGCACGGAGCACCGCCGACUCUCACGGCCGCCACGCCAGUGCACACGUGGGACGCGAUGGAGCGCGCUCUUGAUCGUGCGCUGCUGCAGCUCGGCUCCCUCUGCGAGAAGGUCGAUCGCCUCGACAUCGAGGGCAAACUGCAGCGCAACAACGCGGAGCUGGAGCGGGUGGUGAAGCGGCUGGUCGGCCUCGCGCCGCAGGAAGACGUCGCUGUCGAGGACACACUGAAGGACCGCGACGCCCUUCUCGCGAGUGUGGAGAGGUAUCGCGAGAGGUACGAGGAGGCCAACGCUAAUUACCAGCGGGCGUUGGAGGCGAUGGGGCGGUCAUCGGAGAAGGCGCAGGCCCUCGAGAAGGAUCUGCAGGUGCAGCAGGACCUGUGGACGCGGCAGCGCCAGGACGCGGCGGAGCAGACGCGGCUGAAGCUGCUGGAGCAGGAUGUGCGGCACCGCGAGGAGCUCGAACGCCUCGCAGAGGAACGCUACGCGGCCGGUAAGUCCGACGGACACGCCGCCGGCUACCGCGAAGGUCGUCAGGCCGCGUUCACUGCCGUCGACGGUGAAGGCGGCGUGAGCGCUGUGAUGGCGGAAUGGAAGGCGAAGGUGACCGCACGCGAUCAGCAGAUCGUGACCUUGCAAGCCGCGCUGCAGGACGCUAAGUUCCACCACGAGCGCGAUCGUCGCCAGCUACGCGCCGAAAUCGACGUCUUAACGGGCCUAAACGACAGGCUGCAGUACAUGCAGGCCAACGCAGAUGUCCGUGCACCGGAGGAGACGAUGCGGCAGCAGUGCAAGCGGGUCAAGCGCACGUUGAACAGCGUGUACUCGCAGGUCGAGGCGCACGUGUUGGCGUUGCCGCUGCGCUGCCGGCCAGACGAGGGCAGCGGAGAAGGCCAGGUCCGUUGUGUCUCUACCGAUGACGUAUUGGCGGUGGUCAUGACGGUCAUUCGGUCCGAGGCGCAGUCGGCGGUGGCGCAGAUCCAGGCAGAUGCGGAGCACCGCGCCAAGGAGAACGCCGAGGUUCGCGCCCGCACCCUCGCACGGCAGCAUACGCAGCGGCCGGCGGUGGCGUUCCUCGAAAAGGGAAUGGAGAACAGCGGCAACGGCGGCAACGCUGAUGAGACAGACGAUGCUGCUGCAGCAGGUACAACAUCGAGUCUUGCGGCGGCCACGUCCGCACCACCGCUGCCGCCACCGCUGCACACGGCGGCGUCGCGCAGCGAGUUGGCCGCAGUGGCGGCGUCGUUGCUGCCGGCAGUGUCGCACGUGACGUCGUCUUCUCUGGUCGGUGGUGGUGAUGGUUCAUUGAGCGGGGAUCCGUUGAACUUGUACGGCGCAGCAGCUCAGGCGGACGUCGCAGAAGACUUCACGUUGCACAGCGCGGAGGCGGAAGAUGCGUUUUCACGUAGCGUACAACCCGUUGAGCAGAAAACCUCGCCAGUGGCAUCGUCGCCCUCGGCCAUGGACGUGGCGGAGCUCGUGGCGGAGUCGCCGGUGCAGGGGCGAGUGGGCAGCGCUGACGACGCCGCGUGGUCGAGUGCUGGCGUGGCAGAGCGCGCAAAUGAAAGAGGAGCGGCUGCAACUGAAACCGGCUCGGGAAUAGCACCGAGGCGUAGUACCAAUGCAGCGGCAACGACGGAAUCACCACUGCGUACGACACUGUCGACGGUGGAAGCGGCAAAGGAUUCGCACAAGAGAGCCACAACGGGGACGUCUGACUCCUUCACCCCCUCAUUCCCCUCUCCCUCCGCAUCACCGGUGGAGGCCGCAUCGCCGCCGCCCGAAGCGGAUCCCCGUCGACCCGCCACGCGACUCCCCGACGUGCCCGCACCGACGUCCUCCACGGUGGUCGCAACCGAAGAUAGUGAGAAAAACCUGUCUCCGCCGGAGCAGAGGGGAGAGGAUGCUGGCGCACAGCAGAAGUCAGACGUGGCCUUUUCAUUUCCACCGAGCAGCGCGAAGACCUUCACUUCGCCGAGUGAGGCGGCGGCAUCAGCAACAGCCGCAGCCGCAGUAAGUCCAUCAUCCGACGCAGAAGAUGCGACACCGCCGCUGCACAACUGGCAUAGCAGGCGUCUCUUCACCACGCCCCCGCCCUUUACGGAGUCGUCGCUCGAGCAGGAGUAG